AUGAACACUGUUCGAAUUCCUGUUGGUUACUGGAUUACUGAAUUCGAUCAUAGCGGUGGUGGUGAUUCCAAUGGAUGGCGAGUAUAUGCUCCGGGUGCUAUUCACUAUCUGGAUCGAGCUAUCCGAGAAUGGGCACCACGACAUAAUCUGCUUGUCUUAAUUUCUUUUCAUGCUGCUAAAGGUAGCCAGAAUGGCAACGAUCAUAGUUCGCCAUCUGAUCCGGGCAAAUCGCAUUGGGGACAUUAUCCCGAGAAUGUACGAAAUACUUUGGAUGCUGUGGAAUGGUUGGCUCGACGAUAUAAUAAUGAUGCAGCAUUUUUAGGCCUUAGUCUGCUCAAUGAACCAUGCGCCGUUUCUCCUCGACUCGACAAACAAGAAGCUGAUGACAAUGAUUGGAACCACUUCAUGCCACCGCCUGCCUUUCACGGUAUUCGUCAUGAAUGGCAUUUGUAUCAAGUUUGGGGUUUUAAAGUAAGUUCAGAUCUGUACGGUGACUUGUCUCUUACUGCCACUUUUUGUCGACAGGGUUGGGAUAAGAAUCGUCUGAUUGCUUUUGCAGAAAAUGAUUUGAAAAACAAGAUCAAAGCAUGGAGAGGCAAUUGGUUAUUCAUUGGCGAAUGGUCCAUUGCAUCGUUACCCUCAACUUUUGACAAUGAUGAUGAUUUGCGUCGUUAUGCAAGAGCACAACUCGAUGCAUUCAAAGAAGCUCAUGGUGGUUGGACGUAUUGGACAUGGAAAGUCUACAAUGAUGAUGCAUCAACUAAUGCAUGGAGUAUGAAAGCAAUGCUUGACCGAGGUCUUCUUCAACUUUGA